AUGCUGAAACUCGCCGUAUUCCUAGCCCUUGGAGCGGUAGUCUUGGGACAAAAUUCUGUGAGUGUUUUGAAGUAGUAUUUUUUUACUAAUUUUUUUAGGUUACUUUCGGCAACAGCAAUCGUAUUCCAUGUGGCUUCAGUAAGUGAUCUUUAAAAUUUGAUAUUUUUUUACUGUUGAUUGUAAAAAGCUUGAUGAAGAGAUAUUGAUGAUUUUGAGGACUAGAAAAAAACUUGUGAAGAUCCAAUAUUAUCUUAUCAAUGAUUUUAAAGGCCUAGAUUGAAAAUUUCCUUCAAAACUGCUCAUUUAUAAUGAAAAAUGUCAGGCUGUUCACAACGCGCCGGAUUUUCUACCGUGAUUGAUGGCCAGAGGAGCAGCGUUUCUUGCAGCGACGGUACGCAAAGUGCGGCGCGUUGCAGUGGCUGCUGCGAGGCCGUCGCUCUGUCCGCAGGCCUUCCCACGGUGAAAUUUUCAACUUUUUUUUUGUCAUAUUCUUAAGGUUAAGAAAGAUACGAGUUUUGAUGAUACAAGAUUUCAAGAUUUGCCAAUUGAAAAUGUUCUCUAGAAUUAUAAUUUUUGAUCAAUUUUUUUCGAAUAAAAAAAUAUUCUGAAAAGUCAUAAUAAUCGAUAAAAUCAUUUAGCAAGCUAUAUUGAACGUUAAUAUCUAGUUAAAGAUUGCAACUACUACAAAAAAACUCCUGAAAAAAAUGGAAAAAAAUUUUUCCUUUUUUUAAAAAAAUUUCAGGAGAAAAAAAUUGUUAAAACUUUAAAAAAACCUCGGAAGAAAAAAAUGAGAUUCAUAACUAUUAAAAAUUCGAUUUUUUUCCACACGUAUUCUUCUCUGAACUAGGGCCUCGAGGCGCAUUUUUCCUCUACCGCAUGAUUUUUCGCCGUUUUCUCGCAGUCAAAGAGUAUAGAUAUAGCAUGAGCCAUAGAAAUAUUAGGGUUUAGUUCUAACUUCUUUUUUUAGAAGACACAGUUCCGAGUUUUCUAAUCAUUUCAAGAAAAAUAUUGACUUUCUACUAAUUUCCAUUUUUUAGUCAGCCGCCUCAGGAUUCGUCUCAUCGAACGGCCGCAGCUGCGCUUGCUGCAUUACCGGAUGUGUUCGAUAA